AUGCUUGUCCUCCCUGUUGCCAUUUUACUGGGGACUUUUGGAUUCAUAUCGAAUGUGGAAGCAAGCAAGUGUCCUCGAGUGUGUAGUUGUGACAACACCGAGCUCACAGUGGCCUGCGUCGGCAAGAACCUUACUGAGGUUCCACUGACUAUCGACGAGAUCACAGUCAAAUUGGACCUGAGGAAUAACAACCUGCAGGUGCUGCAAAGGGGAGGAUUUGUGCACGCCCCUUACCUCACUCACCUCAACUUACAACGAUGCAACAUCGUCAAGGUGAAGGAGGGGGCUUUCCGCAUGCUGGGCCGGGUAGUCUCCCUAAACCUGGCGUACAACAAAAUUUACAUCCUAUACCAGGAGUCUUUUGACGGCCUCUCCUCUUUGAAGGAGCUUCAUCUGGACCACAAUCAUGUUGAGGAGAUCCAACCUGGAGCCUUCUUGCAACUUGGCUCACUAAACAUGCUGGCUCUCACCCACAACCAGCUGGUCUACAUCCCCAACAUGGCCUUCCAGGGCCUGCAACACAUCAAGUGGCUUCGUCUCAGCCAUAACUCCAUCAACAACUUGGCUCCUGAGGCGUUUGCAAGCUUGUUCACACUCACUCGCCUCAGUCUGGACCACAAUGAGCUGCAGUUCUUUCCCACUCAAGCCAUGACCAGACUCAAGGAGCUAACGCGUCUGAACAUGAGCCACAACCGCAUGAUCUACCUCGGCGAAGAGUCAGUCUCUAUGGCAAAGCUCACACACUUGUACCUCAGCCACAUGUCUCUCCAAGACCUGUCAGACCAAGCCUUGUCCCAAGCCCCUCUGCUCUCCCACUUGGACCUGAGUCACAACCAGCUGCGUUACCUGGAGCCUCUCACGGGCCCCAAGAAUCUUGUCAGCCUCAACAUCACUGCCAACCCCAUCUACUGUAGCUGCUACAUGAGGCCCCUAAAGAACUGGGCCAGUGUUGGUGGUGUCAAGCUGCUCGGAACGUGUGCAGGACCUCCUCACCUGUCCGAUGAGCCGCUCCGAGACGUGGCGGCCAUGGACAUGCGUUGCCGUAGGAGGGAGGACCCACUGAAGGACGAGUUGGAGGAGGAAGUGACUGCAGUUAGCAGCCCACCGACAGCCAAACCCAAACAGAAAGUCAAGUGUCCAGUUAACUGUGACUGUCACAUUGAAGCACAGCAUGCUACAUGUGAGAACCGAGGUCACACCAAAGUUCCGCGAGGCUUCCCUGCCAAAACUCAAUUGCUGGACCUUCGCCGCAACCACUUCCACAACCUUCCUGCCAACUGUUUUCCAGCCACCGGCCAAGUUAUUUCUCUCCACCUGGAAUUCUGCAAAAUGCACGAGAUUGAAGGUGGCGCAUUCCGAGGAAUGAAAAGCCUGUUUUAUUUGUAUCUUUCUGACAAUGACCUCACAUCCUUGGGGCCAGAAACCUUCACUGGAGCCCCUGAGCUCAGUUACCUUUACCUAGAAGGGAAUCGUUUGGUACAGUUUCCUGGUUCAGCUCUGCUACACUUACCAAAUCUGUUUGCAUUACACCUGGAGCGUAAUGCCAUUUCAAAACUGGUGCCUACGGGUCUGCUCUCUUCAGUAACCCCAAAACUAAGAGAGCUUUACUUGACCAAUAACACCAUACGCACAAUUGCCAAGGGGGCUUUGGGCUUUGCCGUACUUGGUAAACUUCACCUGGAUUCAAAUAAGAUGACAAACAUUCCGACUGCUGCUUUAUCCAACGCCCUCAAUCUAGAGGAGCUCAACCUGUCUCAAAACCGGAUUCUCUCAGUGGGGCCAAAUGCAUUCCGGCCUAUUUCCCAAAGUCUGAAGUGGCUGUACAUGGACCAGAUGAGCACUGAGAGGAUGUCUAGGGACGCUCUGGCCGGGCUUGGCCCGGGACUGAAGGCGCUCACUGUGAGAGGAAACCAGCUGAAGCAACUUCCCGACUUGGGCUCGCUCACUGGCCUGGAGAUGGUUGACCUUCAAGACAACCCACUGUUGUGUGAUUGUACUUUGUUGCCGCUGCGCAGGUGGAUGGAGAAUGUGAGUUUGGAGGUUGACGCUACCUGUGGCCACCCUCCUGAGCUCAAAGGUCAGAAGGUCAGGGAAUUGGAGCUAUUCAAGUCCUGUCCAGAGAACAGCUCCAACACAGACAGAAGGCGUGUUGUUGUUGUGGCGCCGGUAAAAGCCAAGAAACAAAAACUAAGCCUUGUGAAGACUUCUGGAGUCAAGACUAAACCGGAAAGGAACAACACAAAGCGACCCAAGCCAACAAAGAAAAAGCCUCAAAGGAAACCUGCCGUAGCAACGGUGGCCAAAAAGAAGAAACUGAUAAAAACAUAAAACAAAUCAGCUUGGCUAAAUUUUCUGCAAUGGGCAUGUUACAGUGACAUGUGAAAAUGAUUGUUUCAUGUACAAAAUGCUAAC